AUGCAAUUGUUUUAUAUUUUUGAACUUGAUGAACCUAAAGAAGCGAAUAGUCUUCAGCAAGUUGGCAUCAAUUAUGCAAUCGUAAGCCGCAUGGCUUCUGCAGCUUGGAAACGGCAACCAGAAUAUAAAAAAUCCAAAUAUGAAUCCUUAUCAAAGGCUGCAAAUCUUCAAUGGGCCAAAUGGGACCCAAAGCCAAAUUAA